AUGUUAUCUAGAAUACUUUUUAGACCCCGUAUAUCGACUGUUUAUAACUUGAGAACAAGUAGUUUGCAUUAUUCCAAACGCUUGUUGAGUAACUCCGCUUACAGAUUAAAUGAAAAGAAACCUGACGCUUCUGAAAUUCAGAAAGAUGCAGCAACCAAAAAGAGACCUUUGAGUAGAGUUGCUAUUGGUGGAACACAAGAAUCUGAAAAAAAAUUUGCUGCUGGAAAUAGUGUGGAAUUUGCAGCUUGGAAAGCUGUUGUUUUAUUAUUGGCGCUUGGGGGAGGUGUUACUUAUUGGUUCAGUACAGAAAAAGAGAGAUUGAGAAUUCAAAAGGAAACAGAAGCCAAAAGGGUAUAUGGUAAGCCUUUAAUUGGGGGUAGUUUUAAUUUGGUUGAUACUGAUGGAAACAAAUUCACCCACGAGAACUUGAAGAACGAUCAAAAGAAGUUCUCCAUUAUUUACUUCGGGUUCACCCAUUGUCCAGAUGUUUGCCCUGAUGAAUUGGAUAAGUUGGGACUUAUGUUAGAUGAAUUGAAAGAGAAAGAUAAUAUCGAAUUACAACCUAUUUUCAUUACAUGUGACCCUGCCAGAGAUUCGCCAGAAAUCAUUAAGGAUUACUUGAGUGAUUUCCAUCCUUCAAUUAUCGGUUUGACAGGUCCAUACGAAAAUGUCAAGAGGGCUUGUAAGCAAUACAGAGUUUACUUUUCAACUCCUCCUGAUGUUAAGCCCGGACAGGACUAUUUAGUUGACCAUUCUAUUUUCUUUUAUUUAAUGGAUUCGGAAGGUAAUUUUGUUGACGUUAUUGGAAGAGAAGUGGAAGCUAAGGAAGGAGCGGAAAAAAUCAGAACCCAUAUUGAUGCCUUCGUUCCUGAAUCUGAAAGAGAAGCCAGAAAGGAGUCAUGGUUAAGCUUCCUUUAUAAAUAG